CCGGUGCGCGGGCCGUCACACGGCAGUCGCGCUCUUUCUGGUUCCGCCGUCGUCAGUCGAGUCGAGCUGCUGGGCCGGACCUUAUCACCAGAUAAGCGGCCCGUCGCUGCCUUCUUCUGCCACCGGCCCCUAACACUGUCCGCCGCCGCCCGCAGGUGCACCCAGCUGUUCGCGCUGCCGCAGGCCGCGAGGCAGCGUCCCCGACGCCGUACCUGGGAGGGCUGCCGCAUGUCGCGGCAGCGGCUGCUGUGGCGUCUGCUGGGCGCCGCGCUGGCGCUCACGGUCGCCGGGCUCGCCGCGCCGCCGCUCUUCCGGCUGCUCGUCUCGCCGCACAGCGCCGCCAACUCCGUCGCCGGCCGCCGCGUGUACAGCAGUGACCCGGGCCCGUGGACGUGGAGCUGCGAGUCGGGGCGGUGCGUGCGCGCGCUGUGGCAGGGCGGCACGCAGGUGUCCCUGGACACGUGCCAGUGGACGUGCGCCGGCUGGGAGGCGCCGCUGUGGCCGCGGCCCACGGGCGCGCUGCGGCUCGCCAACUCGACCGCCGCGCUGCCCGAGGACCUGGACGUGCGCCUGCGGCUGUCCGGCCCGCAGCACGAGGACACGCAGGGCCUGCUGGCGGCCGCCACAGAGCGCCUGGCGCGUCACCUGCAGCUCGUCAGGCCCGCCUGGGCCGGCAGGGUCGCGUGCGACGCCGCCCGCGGCGCCACCGUCGCCCGGCUCACCGUCUUCGUCAAGCUGGACGCGGACGGCAGCCGCCCCACGGGCCAACUCACGCUGGACACCGACGAGAGCUACCGCCUCCAGGUGCGCCGUGAGUCUCAGGAUCUACAAGCGGAGAUUGAUGCGCGCAGCUUCUUCGGCGCCCGCCAUGCACUGGAGACGUUGUCACAGGUCGCCUGGUGGGAUCCCGUCAGCGGAUGCGUGCGCAUUUUGGACUCUGCCAUCGUCAAGGACGCGCCCAAGUUCCGGCACCGAGGCCUGAUGGUGGACACGGCGCGCAACUUCAUCCCGCUGGAGGCGCUGCAGCGCACGGUGGACGCGAUGGCCUCCAACAAGCUCAACACGCUGCACUGGCACCUCACUGACUCCACCAGCUUCCCCUACCUCAGCCGCGCGCUGCCCACCAUGGCGCGCUACGGGGCAUACUCUCCUGAACAGGUGUACAGUAUGGAGGACGUGUCGCGGCUGGCGGAGUUCGCGAGAGAGCGUGGGGUGCGUCUGGUGGUGGAGCUGGACGUGCCCGCCCACGCCGCUGCCGGCUGGCCUACCGAGCAAGUCUCCUGUUCGGAGCAGAGGGGGUCUGCCGCGAAUGCUCCCCUGGUGCAGCAGCAGCAUCGCCAGAACGAAAACAACGGGCUGCAGUACCGCCAGGAGGAGCGGCGGGAGAGGCGCGCGCAGCACGGCGGGGAGCAGCAGCCUGCCUGGUGGGAGCUGUGCGGCCAGCCUCCCUGCGGCCAGCUGCCGCCGGCCGACGAGGCGGCGUUCGGCACGCUGCGCACCCUCUACCAGGAGCUGCGGCAAGCCUCCGGCGCCUCCGACGUGGCGCACCUGGGCGGCGACGAGGUGAGCGCAGAGUGCUGGGGCGGCGUGCGCGGCGAGCGGCUGUGGUCUCUGUGGGGCGGCUUCAUGCGUCGCGCGCACCGCGAGCUGGUGGCGGCGUCGCAGGGGAACCCGCCCACCGCAGUCCUCGUGUGGAGCAGCGAGCUCACCGCGCCGCACAACCUGCGCCGCUACUUCGACCCCAGCACGCACGUCGUACAGGUGUGGGGCGGCAGCAAGUGGAACGAGACGCUGCCCGUGCUGCUGGCGGGCUUCCGCGCCGUGGUGUCGCACGUGGACGCGUGGUACCUGGACUGCGGCUGGGGCGACUUCCGCAGCGGGGGCCCCGGACCCUGCGGGCCCGUCGCCACGUGGCAGACCGUCUACUCGCACCGGCCCUGGGCCGCCUUCCCGCCGGGCGCGCGCUCCAGGCUGCUGGGCGGAGAGGCCUGCCUCUGGUCCGAGAAGGUGGACGACCAGACGCUGGACGUCCGGCUGUGGCCGCGCGCGGCGGCGCUGGCAGAGCGGCUGUGGAGCGACCCUCCGGCGGGCGUGCACCCCGACCUGCCGCCGCCCGGCAGCCCGCAGCGGGACGAGCCGACGCUGCGGCGCGCCUACCAGCGGCUGUCGCACCACAGGGAGCGGCUGGUGGCGCGCGGCGUGCGCGCAGAGGCCAUGUGGCCGCGCUACUGCCACCUCAACCCCGGCGCCUGCUUCUAGCCACGGCUGUCGUGUGCGCGGUGGUUACCGGCGCUGCAGGACCAAACACUGCCAGCUUCAUUUCAAAGUGCAGCUCAGUCAAACUUGUGCAUGUUGUUUUUUUCGUGCUCCGAUCAGCGAGUUAUAUGUAGCAUGUUAACUAGUGGUGGGACGGUAGUGUAAUGCACGUUACACAGACAUUUAGACUGCUUCCGAUUUCGUUAAGUGGGACCAACAACGAAAUAAAGAAAAAUCUCUUUGAUAUCUGGCAAACAUUCUGUGAUGUGGUUUUUAAUGUCGAUGAUGCGAAGAAAGGUGAAUCUUAAUUUGUCACUGUUGUUGUAUAGGGUAAACCUGAAGGCUAACAAUUUUGUAAGUGCGUUAUGGGUACUUUGAGUAUUUCGGUGUAAGAGACCCAUUGUAUCUGGUGGCCAUUUACAAAGCGAUGUUGAGUUACUGAUUUAUUCGGCUUAUUACCCCUCCCCCCAAAAUUACAUUUGCUUCAGUGAAAGUAGCUCCAAAAUUGUGAAAGUGUGUAGCAUGUAAUCACUAAAACGGGCAAAGCAAAAGAAUUCAGCGACGUUCAGAAGGAAAAGGACUGAAAUAUUGCAAUGUGAGAGCCGCCGCUGCGGGAAGAGAUCAGCAUAGCGCCGUGCUGCCACUCUUCCAGUGCAUUCAGUGAACCCAUACAUGAUCUGCGUAUUGCCCACCUCUUCAUCAGUAAAACUACUCAUUCGGCUGUGUCACUUCUGACCUGCAGCCAUCACUGCAGGAGAAAACCAACAGGAACCAGCAUUACUGAACAAAAGCUUAAGAAGGAAGGGUCUAGUUGGCAUUACUACUAUCGACAGUAAAUACCAUGAGAGUGUGGAACAAGUAUGUUUUAAAAAAGUACCGUCUGUAUUCACAACAUUUGCACUAUUGUGCAGAUUUUUUCAGUAAAAAUGUUGUCUGGGAUUUACCAUGGGAUGGGUGAAACUGCCUAUUAGUAUCUUCAUCUGCGGAGAUUGCCCCCCCCCCCCUCCUCAUUUCCUCGUGGCGACUUGUAGCACAUAUAUUUCUAGAGCUUAGGUGAGUGUAAUGGGUGUGUGUAGUACAGGAUAGUUUUAUGUUUCGAGUAGGAUGGGGGUGAUGAGAAGAUAGUUAGUGAGAAACAAAGUGCUAGCACAUAGCCUACCCUUUCGCACCAAGAGUGCAUCUAACUUCCAAACAGUGUCACGUGCCCUCAAGUCAUGAGACUGUGGAUAUGUAUGUAUGGAAUUUAAUCCAGGACAAUGGUUCAAACUCUGGUGAUGAACAACAGUUACGCCAGAAACUCCCCCCCCCCCCCCCCCUUACUGGCCCAAUACUGACAGUGAAGAUUUUAUGCUCCACCGAGAUUCAGACAGACUUACCUCAGUCUAGCACCACAGCACAGCGACAGAGGUUGGUCAUAUUUUCAGUGCCAUACAGAAACAAAAUAAACGUGGGUAAGCAAUCGAAAUGCAAAUAUUUUACAUCGACCCAGCAGAGCGGACAGAUCCCUCAUGCCAAAAUACUCCUACAAAAUUUCGUAAGUUGUCAGAGGACAUUCACUGAGUUCAGGUUCACUCUAGGAAACGUAUUAACUUGCCUUCCUAUUUAUACAGAUGUGUAUUGCAUAGCAAAUAGCAGUGUGUAACAUAAACGCGUGGAUCCGGUAUCAGAUGACGUCGUCAUAAGCCUAUAUUUCAUGGCAAUGGCAGCAGUCAUGGGCAGACAUACGGACAGAGUGGGUUCUCAUACAGCUAGGGGCUAAGUAACAUAAAGACCACCUAUAUCGGGAUCAGAGCAUGAAAAUGGUAGGCAUAUAAUUGUUUACAGAAUAGCUACCAUCACAAUUGGAUAAUAAGCUUUAUAGCAUCUCUUACUUUUUUACCGUUGCCAUAUCACUCCGCUACUGCAGGUUCUGGUUACCACAGCUUCAGCUAGUAACCUUCAUUUUGAUUUAUUAUAGUUGUUCCUGCAUGUGGCAUAUUUAACUUGAGCACCAAAACGUAAAGCUAGCAGCGAAAAUGUACAGAAACAAGAGGCUAUUAUGAUCUAGCAAAGGUACAAUCAUUAUGACCAUUAAGUUGGUCAGAUGAGUGUGGUCAGCAUAGAAAAUACUAGCUGUAGCUGCCACAGGUUAAUUGCAUCACGCAGAAAUUCUUUUACCAAAAGUUGUACAGCAGAGGCGACAUGCAUACAAUUGCCCAUGUGCAUCCUGCCCUGUUCUCGCUGUCACCCAUUAUGGCCAGAAAAAAUUCGUCUAUCGUUUCAUUAUUUCAUUUCGGAGCAAACACACAGCACAACAGGACUUAGUAAUGGCAACUACAGUGCUCAAUACAGUAUUGUUAGAGUGGCAGAGGUCCGAUACAAAAUACUGGCCAUACAAAGUAAUAAAAAUUCUCUAAUUAAAGUUAUGGACCCAGUGGUCAGGAACAGUUACACAUAUAGUAUUUCUCUUAGAAUUUCUAGUCAGUAAAUUAUUCUGAUUAUACCUAGAAUGUCGCCUUUGAUAUUACAUUUGUAUAAAUUUUGUUCAAAGAGAAAUACUACCAAGAUACUGUUAGUCUAAAUUCCCAUUUGAUGGAUAAAAUGUGUAUGAAAAAUGACAUGAAAGUCUUUAACUUGGCCUAUAAGUAGGAAAGGCAGUGGGAGUCACACAAGACACUUAAAUGCAUAGCAAGCGGUGCGCUGGGAUGUUAUUUCCAAUAUGUGCAGUAUUUCGUCCAGUUUAUGCAAUUAUACUAAAGUCAUGAAAAGAACAAGUAACGUGCAUUUGUACUUAACGACGCCUUAAGUCACUUCACAGAAUGUUAGUUUUAUUGUGGUGGUACUAUGUUACCAAAGAAACAAUUGUGCGUCGUUGUCAUAAACUUCCUCUGUUGCAUGCCCCUAUUUGGACACUGGAAAGUGCACAACAACCCGGAAUUUCAGUGCAAUUAAAUGUAUUUUUGUACAUACAUUUUUGUAAAUAAAUUUAUAAAAUUAUCUAUUAAAUAUACUAUUUUUCAUACAACA